UACUUCAAGGCUGGUACCGGGCUGUUCAAGUUUAUCAUCCUUGUUCUUAUCAACAUUGCCGCCCAAGUGUUCUAUGUGGGCAGUGAUUGGUGGCUGUCUCGAUGGUAAGUUUGUUAUCAAAGAUAGGUGGUGGGUGUCUAAGUGAUACAUUUCAUAAAAAUUGUUGAGGGUUAAGAUAACAAAAAUUGCUAGAGGGACAUUGAUUUUUCUAAUCAGGUGGCCUGCUUGUGUGCUAGGAGUCCAUAUUAUUCAACUGCUGAACGGCUCAAUAAAAGAAAUGUCUUAACCAUGUUCCUCUUCCCCCCCCCCCCCAACCCAGUCCCACCCAAAGAAGAAGAAAAGUAUGCUGCCUUGGAAAAACAUAGACUCUUCUUGAUCGAGCACAACAUCACAGAUAUCACCAACAGCAGCAUCUCCAGCAACAUCACCAUUCCCUACGUUGACAGCUACUUCAACAUUUAUGUCUUCACCGGCAUCAUUCUGGCGGUGUUCCUGUUUGGCCUUGCAAGAGCUCUGCUGUUUUUCAAGAUUGCUGUGGACGCCUCGCAGACACUGCACAAUAUGAUGUUCCAAAGGAUUCUGAGGUCGCCAAUCCAGUUCUUUGACAACAACCCUGUUGGUGAGAAGGCAUUUGUUUUAUAAGUCCAGCAUUGAACAGUUGGAAAAAAUGCCUCAUUACCUUGUUGGUGACAUGCUAUUUGGUUUGUUUAGUGAACACCAACAUUGAAGAGUUUAAUUAAACUUUGUUAUCCUGUUGGUGACACGCUAUUUGGUUUGUUUAGUGAACACCAACAUUGAAGAGUUUAAUUAAACUUUGUUAUCCUGUUGGUGAAAAAUUAUUUUACAUAUUUAAAAAAUAUCAGCAAAUUUUGAAAUUGAAAAAUGGUGGGUUGGGGGGGGGGGGGGGGGGGGUCAUAGUUCAAGGGUCAUCAAUUUCAUUUCUUUUGAUUUUGCCUAUUUCCUUCCUGAGGUUUCUAAAAAGUAACUGGAAUAUAUUGAGUCUUAAUGCUAGUGCUGUGUAUAAUAGAGCUAUUUUCUUAACGGAUUACAAUUUCAUUUUCUUCUUCCUUCUUCUAGGACGUAUCUUAAACAGAUUCUCAAAAGACAUAGGGCACAUGGAUGAUCUCUUACCUGUUACGUUCUUUGACUUCAUCCAGGUAAUAUUAUAUGUUUUAAUGGAUGAUCUCUUAACUGGCACAUUUGUUGACCUCAUCCAGGUAAUAUCAUAUGUUUUAAUAGAAGGUCACAUGGAUGAUCUCUUACCUGGCACAUUCGUUGACCUCAUCCAGGUGAUAUAUGUUUUAAUGGAAGGUCACAUGGAUGAUCUCACAUAAACAGGCUCUCUACUAAAGGUUUAAUGCAUGAAGUUUGUCAGUCAGCUAUGUCAGGAUCUGUGCAAAUAAAACAUUUUGGUGUCAAAGCCCAGCACCAGUUUCUUCUGCUGUAAUGUUUACAUCAACGUAUUCCUCUCUUUCCUCUGUGUGCUCUGUUACCAUUCAACGUAUUCCUCUCUUUCCUCAGUGUGCUCUGUUACCAUUCAACGUAUUCCUCUCUUUCCUCAGUGUGCUCUGUUACCAUUCAACGUAUUCCUCUCUUUCCUCAGUGUGCUCUGUUACCAUUCAACGUAUUACUCUCUUUCCUCAGUGUGCUCUGUUACCAUUCAAUGUAUUCCUCUCUCUCGUCAGUGUGCUCUGUUAAUUAUCGGGAUUGUGCUGGUGGCCGGUGUUGUCAACCCGUAUGUGUUCAUCCCCACGGUACCACUGGCCAUUCUUUUUGUCAUAGUCAGGAAGUACUACCUGCAAACAUCCAGGAGCAUCAAACGUCUGGAAGGAACAAGUAAGUAGGAUAAGCUUAACAGUACAGUGACUAUCAAUUAUGAUAAGCUUAACUGUACAGUGACUAUGAAAUAUGAUAAGCUUAACAGUACAGUGACUAUGAAAUAUGAUAAUAAUAAUAAUAAGACGUCUUACAUAGCGCGGUACCCCAAAAGAGACAUAAUUAUGACAUUAAAAUAAAAUACAUUUAUAAGCUUAACUGAACAAUGACUAUGAAAUAUACUAAGCUUAACAGUACAAUGACUAUGAAAUAUGAUAAGCUUAACAGUACAAUGACUAUGAAAUAUGAUAAGCUUAACAGUACAAAGACUAUAAAAUAUGAUCAGCUUAACUGUACAGUCACUAUGAAAUAUGAUAAGCUUAACAGUACAGUGACUAACUAUAAAAUAUGAUAAGACUGACAGCAAGGUGACUAUAAAAUAUGAUAAGACUGACAGCACAGUGAGUAUGAAAUAGGAUAAGCCUGACAGCACAGUGACUGUAAAAUAGGAUAAGCUUAAUAGUACAAAGACUAUAAAAUAUGAUCAGCUUAACUGUACAGUCACUAUGAAAUAUGAUAAGCCUGACAGCACUGUGAAUAUGAAAUAGGAUAAGCCUGACAGCACAGUGACUGUAAAAUAGGAUAAGCCUAAAAGCACAGUGACUGUAAAAUAGGAUAAGCCUGAAGGCACCGUGACUGUAAAAUAGGAUAAGCCUGACAACACUGUGACUAUGAAAUAGGAUAAGCCUGACAGCACAGUGACUAUAAAAUAAGAUAAGCCUGACAACACUGUGACUAUGAAAUAGGAUAAGCCUGACAGCACAGUGACUGUAAAAUAGGAUAAGCCUGACAGCACAGUGACUGUAAAAUAGGAUAAGCCUGACAUCACAGUGACUAUGAAAUAGGAUAAGCCUGACAGCAAUGUGACUGUAAAUUAAGAUAAGUCUGACAGCACUGUGGCUGUAAAUUAAGAUAAGUCUGACAGCACUGUGGCUGUAAAAUAGGAUAAGUCUGACAGCAUAGUGACUGUAAAUUAAGAUAAGCCUGACAGAACAGUGACUAUAAAAUAGGAUAAGCCUGACAGCACAUUGACCAUAAAAUAGGAUAAGCCUGACAGCACAGUGACUAUAAAAUAGGAUAAGCCUGACAGCACAGUGACUAUAAAAUUAUAGUAGCUUGAGAAAUAUGUGUGAAACAAGUUCACGAGGCACAUCAUGUUGCUACACUUAAAUAAAGACAAACCAGAACUAUAAAAAAAAUUCAAAUAGAAGGCUUCAUCUGUGGACUAACAACACAAAAAAGACAUUUAUUUGAGAAAUAUUGGAGAAAAAUAAUUUAUUUCUGUGGCAACAGACACUGAAAGCAAGAGCUCCUUGUUCCAGUUGGCACAGUGCUGAGGUCAUUCUAAUUUUUUAGGGACUUUUUUUUUAGCUAACAAUUUUGGGACACGGUUCUCUGGCAAAUGAGCGUUGAGGAUAUUUGUUGAUGUUUCUAUUAGGGGUCAUGCAAUUGAUGUAUGUAAGACUUAUCCAAAGGCUGUGUGUGUAAUGAAGCAUAGCAUUUAAAGUAAACUCUGAUGUUAGGUAAAGAUGUGGCAUCACACUCUCCACACCACCCUGGAUUCACCAAUGUCUUCACCAGUUUCCAAAGUGACCUGCGGUUAGCUUAUGAUGCUAGCAUAGAUGAACAUUUCUAUUUCAGCCCGCAGUCCUGUGUUCUCAUACCUCAGUGCCACACUGCAAGGGCUGCACACGAUUCGUUCUAUGAGCAUGGAGGAGAAGUUCAUGGAGGAAUUUGAUGCCUACCAGGACAAACAUUCCGAGGCCUGGUUCCUGUUUUUGGCCACGAGCCGUUGGCUUGCUGUCCGCCUUGAUUGGUUGUGUGCAAUGUUUGUGACAGCUGUCACGGUUUGUUCAGUCCUGGCAGCAGAAAGUAAGAAAAUUUCCAUUUGUGUGCACAUUUUUUGCUAAAUUACUUUCUUGAAAUUAUCUUAGUUAAUUAAUUUAAUUAAUUCUAUGAAGGUUUUAUACCGUUUUAUUGUCCAACAUUCAAGUCACAAUCUAUUUUUAGUGUUAACAAACCCACUACCGCCCUGUUAUGAGGCACAUUGGGUUUAAACCCCCCCCCCCCUUUCCCAAAAUGAGAAGUCACUCCCACAUCUUAAAGAAGCAGAUUUACAUGUGUGCUAUUUUUGUCUCCCCUCACAGCAAUGAAUGCUGGUCUAGUUGGUUUGUCUAUAACCUACACAAUGACUCUCAUGGGCAUGUUCCAGUGGGGUGUUAGACAGAGUGCAGAGGUGGAGAACCAGGUGAGCUUUUUAAGAGUUGUAUUUAAUUUUUUCCAGAAGUGUUCUUUUGAAUAUUUAAAAAUAUAAAAAUUUGUUUACAGGCAAAGUUUUCAGAAAUGCAAAUUACCCAAUGAGACUCAUAGAGAUAUUACAUGGUCAAUUUUUACAUUUGUUAUAAAAAAAUCAGCAAAAAAGUAAUUAUGUAUCCGCUUUUAGAGAGCAAGAUAGCACUGACAAAUAGGUUUGGUGAUCCCUACAGAAGACUACUGUCCCUUACAAAUAGGUUUGGUGAUCCCUAUAGACUAAUAGGUUUGGUGAUCUCUACAAACUACUGGUCCCAAUCAUUUUUGUGGUCCUAAGAAGGUUGACUUCUGGUCUUAUUUGAUAGUUUGUGGUCCUACUGAUAUUUGAAUACUUGAGAGUGAUAAUACCCUUACAUAAGAGUGAUAAAAUUCAUAUAAGUGAUAAAAUUCACAUAUAAGAAUGAUAACACCCACAUAUAAGUGUGAUGACACUCACAUAUGAGUGAUAACACAUACAUAUAAGAGUGAUAAAAUUCUCAUAAAUAUAUAAGUGAUAAUGUUCACUUAUGCAGUGAUAACACCCACAUAUACAAGUGAUUGCCCCCACAUAUUGACAUGUUCUUCGUGUCAGUCCAUUAAACUUGUCUUCAAGCAAACUUGUUUUUAUUCCCAGAUGAUUUCAGUGGAGAGAGUUCUGGAGUACUCCAGGCUACCACAGGAGUCUAACCUGGAAUCAGAACCUGACAAGAAACCACCGCCCACCUGGCCCCCCAACGGUAGAAUCACAGGCACAGGCGUGAGCCUCCAGUACUCAUCCAGUGGACCGUAUGUUCUCAAGGACCUGACCUUCACCAUCAACGGAAGAGAGAAGGUAGUGUAGAUGGAAUAGAUUUCUCAUACCUGAUUUCUCUGGAGAAGAAUUUUUCAAACUGUAAAUCUCUGGCUCUAUUUGGAAGUAGGAUGUAGCGUUCAAAGCAAUCAUGAGAUAUUAAAUGAUUGUUAAAAUAGUAUCUGUAUUUAAAAAUUUGAAAAACAUAGUUUUUUUAUUUUUAAACAUAUCAUCUCUAUUCCAUAAUAACUUUGUUUUUAAAAUCUUGCAACUUUAUUAAAAAUUUAAAGGUCAACUUUAUGAUUCUUUUGAAAUGUCUAUUUUGUGAUACUAAUGGACGGCAUAUCUUUUUUAUGAAACUAAUGACGUAACUAUUCUAUCAGAUUGGUAUUGUGGGUAGGACAGGGGCUGGAAAGAGUUCCCUCAUAACAACAUUGUUCAGGAUGGUGGAGCCAGAGGGUGCAUUGGAUAUUGAUGGCAUCAACAUACUAGACAUUGGUCUUCAUGAUUUGAGAUCCACUAUUGCAAUCAUUCCUCAGGUAGAAAAAAUGUUCAUUCAACAAUCUCUGUAUUACAAUUGUGGAUAUUUUAUUAUCAAAUUAUAGAAAUGUCUUCAUGUGUGUGCAAUAAGUCAUUUAACCCUAUCAUUCCCAGGAUCCUGUACUGUUGAUUAAAUGUGUUGUUAUUUAAACCUAUCAUAAUAAUAAUAAGGGGUCUUAUAUAGCGCGGUACCCCAGUCUAGGGCUGGGCUCACCGCGGUGCACAUACAAAUUUUAUCAACAGAGACAUAAUCAUGACAUUAUAAUAAAAUACAUUUAUGAAAUAAAGAACAGCAAUGUAUAUUCACCCACCCCACCACAUAACUUUUACAAGGCAAACCAUGGACGGCAGCCAGCAAGAUCGUUUAUCGGUCAGUGGAGGGGAAUCACUCGGGGUAGUAUAAUUUAAAAAGAUGUGUUUUGAGUGCAGUUUUGAAGGCCUGGGUAGUUGGUAUAUUGCGUAUUUGUAGUGGCAAAGAAUUCCAUUGUUUGGGGGUGCAGAAAGAGAAAGAUCGUUCACCAUAUGUUUUAGUGUGUGUCUUGGGAACAGACAGAAUACGCGUGUCUGCAGAGGAGCGAAGCUGUCGAAGGGGUGAAUAGACAGAAAGAAGUUCGGUUAGAUAGGAAGGGCAGGAAUCCAAAAAAAAGUUGUGACAGAGAACAGACAACUUGUAGUCGAUGCGUGCCUGUAUAGGUAGCCAAUGUAGUGAGUGGAGUAGUGGAGUGAUGUGAUCACGUUUUUUUGCCUUUAAAACUAGCCUAGCAGCUGAGUUUUGAACUUUCUGCAGUUUUUCUAUGCAGUGUUUUGGUGAACCUGACAGAAGCGAGUUGCAAUAGUCAAGACGAGAGAGAACAAGAGCACAGACUAGAGUUUUUGUUGCGCUAACUGUGAGGUAGUGGCGGAUGUAGCUGAUCUGACGGAUAGUGGUGUAUGCCGAACGACAAAUGUGAGAUAUGUGUUUAUCGAGAGACAUGUUGUUAGAAAGAAUAUAACCAAGAUUCCUAGCAGAGGGUGUAAACUGUACCUCCUUGAAAUGAGGUGGGAAGGGUUGAGGUAGAGGAUGAUUUGUGAUUGUAAAUGAGGAGUGCUUCUGUUUUGUCAUCAUUAAGCUUCAACUUGCUGAGUGUCAUCCAUGACUUGACAUCAUCAAUGCACCCCCACAAAGUCUGGACAGCGGAUUCAACAAGAGAAGGAUGGGUAUGCUUGUAUAGCUGCGUGUCAUCUGCAAAUGACUGGCUCUCAACAGCAUGCCUCCCAAGCAAGAGGAGCAGUGGUCUGGUAUACAAUGUGAAUAGAAUCGGGCCUAAAACGGACCCCUGGGGUACUCCGUACACCAAAUCAGCACUGCCUGAGAGACAGCCAUCGACAGAGACCGCCUGCGUUCUAUCAGAGAGGUAGGACCUAAACCAAGCCAAAACUGAGCCAGAAAUUCCAAAGUAAUUUUCAAGGGUUUUGAAAAGGAUUACAUGGUCAACAGUGUCAAAGGCCGCACUGAGGUCUAAGAGGAUCAGGAUGGAGAUAUCACCACUGUCCAAUGCGAGCAAGAGGUCAUUGGUCACUCUCAAGAGAGCCGUCUCUGUGCUGUGGAAAUGUCUAUAGGCCGACUGAUUAGAACUGAGAAGAGAGUGGUCAAUUAAAUAAUAUCGACAGAGACCGCCUGCGUUCUAUCAGAGAGGUAGGACCUAAACCAAGCCAAAACUGAGCCAGAAAUUCCAAAGUAAUUUUCAAGGGUUUUGAAAAGGAUUACAUGGUCAACAGUGUCAAAGGCCGCACUGAGGUCUAAGAGGAUCAGGAUGGAGAUAUCACCACUGUCCAAUGCGAGCAAGAGGUCAUUGGUCACUCUCAAGAGAGCCGUCUCUGUGCUGUGGAAAUGUCUAUAGGCCGACUGAUUAGAACUGAGAAGAGAGUGGUCAAUUAAAUAAGCAAAAAGUUGUUUUAGAACUAGUUUUUCAAUAACUUUAGAUAAAAAUGAUAAGUUAGAUACAGGUCUAUACUUUUUAAAAUUAUUUUCAUCCAGACCAGGCUUCUUAAGCAAUGGUUUGAUGACAGCUGAUUUACAAAGAGGGGGAACAGUGCCAGAAGACAAGCUUUCAUUUAUUAUGUGGGUUAUCGUUGGGAGCAAAUGAUCUAAUGACUGAACCAACAGGGUGGUGGGGAUGGGAUCCAAAUAACAUGACGUAGGUUUAGAUUUUAAAAUUAUACUUUUGACCUCAAGUUCUGAAACAGGUUUAAACGUAUCGAAAUGUGAAGUAAGACAAGGAACAGGAGGCAAAUCAAUGGGUAGUGCAUCAAGACGAUCAAGCUCAGCGCGAAUGCUUGCAACUUUGCCUGUAAAGAAAUCACAGAAAAUAUCUGGUUGCUGGGGCAAAGGAAAUACUGAAGGAAGAGAAGUUCCUUUGUUACUCCCUCUAAGGUGGCUACAAACAUCAAACAACUGCCUUUUGGUUCUACCCAUAGUUAUCUUUUGGCUAAAAUACAAAGUCUUAGCACGACAAACAAUCUGAGUGACACGCUUCUCGACAGCGGAAAAGAUCUGCUUAAAAACCACAAGACCUGAUGACGUAACUAUUCUAACAUCCCCACAUUCCUGUUCUGUUGAUUACAUGUGUUGUUAUUUAACCCUAUCAUCCCCAGGAUCCUGUAUUGUUCACUGGCUCACUCAGAAAGAAUCUUGAUCCAUUCAACCAACAUAAUGAUGAACAACUUUGGAAGGCAUUGGAAGAGGUUAGUUAGUUGGGUAAAUAAAUGCAUCAUUAGCUGGGUAGACAGAUGCAUAGUUAGCGGGGUAGAUAAAUACAGGUACAUAGUUGGUUAGAUAGAUGCAUAGUUCGUUGUUUUGAUAGAUAGGUACAUAUUUAUUUGGGUAGAUAAAUUGGUACAUAGUUGGGUAGAUAGAUAGAUACAUGGCUAGUUUGUUAGAUAGAUUGGUACAUGAUUGGGUAGAUAGAUAGGUACAUAGUUAGUUGGGUAGAUAGAUUGGUACAAGGUUGGGUAGAUAAAUACAGGUACCUAGUUGGUUAGCUAGAUGCAUAGUUGGUUAGAUUGGUACCUAGUACAUAGUUGUGUAGAUAGAUAGGUACCUAGUUGGGUAGAUAGAUAGAUACAUAGUUUGUUAGUUACAUAAUUAAUUAGAUAGAGAGAUUGAAAUUGUGUUUAUUGGUUGUUUUGUUAGAUUGAUAAUUUUUUUGGUAUGAUUGAAGUAUUAGCCCAGCUUGUCAACCUCAACUCAGGUGAAAGAACUUCAAUCUGACUGUACCCAAGGGGAGCCAAUUUUACCACAAGUGGUGCAAACUUCUACUGCAAAUGGUGCUUUUACCAAUUUGGAACAUCACUGAUGUAAAUCUGUUACAUGUUUGCUUUUUUUUAUUUUUGUAUUGUCCUCUGCAUCAUUAACUACUUUUGCUUAUCACAAAUUAUGUAUUUAUUUUUGUUCUACAGGUCAAGUUAAAAGAUCAAAUUAAAGAUCUGCCUGAGGGUCUCGGAGCUGAGGUUUCUGAGGGUGGGAUCAACUUUAGUGUGGGCCAGCGUCAGCUCAUCUGCUUGGCCAGAGCAGUGCUCAGAAAUAACAGGAUUCUCCUGAUAGAUGAAGCCACUGCAAACGUUGACCCCAUGUAAGUUGUGCCUACUGAGGCCGUGGAGCUGGUCAUCUAUUUUUUAAGUCGUAUAUUUAAAUUUACUCUGACUUUCUGUAAAUAUUACACUGAUAAAGAAGUUGAAAGUUUAUUUCUGUUGUACAGUUGAUAUAAACUUAUGUCCAGAUUGUGUCCCACCAAUUGUUGUGUGCUUUCAUUGAAUACAAAUGAUUUUAAAUUUAUUUUAAAAAUAAAUAUCCACAUGAAACAUAGCUUUUAGCAGAUUUUGCCAGUCACAAACGUAGGCGAAGUUAUUUUAAAGGAUUUAAAAAGGGAAUAAGAAAGUUCAAGUGAAACACUAUGAAACUUGAAAAUAAAACUACAGCUCAAUCAUUUUGCUUGGACCUCUUCAGGUACCAAUGAUGAAUUAUUUUUUUUAAGAUUGACAUUUAUCUUUGCUAUCUAAAUAUGUGUUAAAGCAUUCGAGAUUUUAAUUGUUCCUCGGUUUAAGGAUGAAUACUUGGCUUUGUCAAUGUGGGUACUUGGCUUUGUCAAUGUGGAUACAUGGCUUUGUCAAUGUGGGUACUUGGCUUUGUCAAUGUGGAUACAUGGCUUUGUCAAUGUGGGUACUUGGCUUUGUCAAUGUGGAUACUUGGCUUUGUCAAUGUGGGUACUUGGCUUUGUCAAUGUGGAUACAUGGCUUUGUCAAUGUGGGUACUUGGCUUUGUCAAUGUGGAUACAUGGCUUUGUCAAUGUGGGUACAUGGCUCUGUCAAUGUGGGUACAUGGCUUUGUCAAUGUGGGUACUUGGCUUUGUCAGUGUGAAAUAACCAAAUAUACUCACUUAAACUUUAAACCUAAAAGUUAAAAUUAAUUUGAAUGUGGAUUUAGUUAUAUUACCAGUGUUAAAACAUUCCCUACGUUUAUUAUUAUCCUUUUAUUCUGUUUAUUAUAUUAUUAUCAUGAUGAGUACUCUGUGUCUUCCAGCACUGAUGAACUGAUCCAACAGACCAUUCGUACAAAGUUCAAAGACUGCACAGUUCUUACAAUAGCUCACAGGCUUCACACCAUCAUGGACUCUGACAGGGUCAUGGUAAGUCUUUCAGAUUCACUUGGUCCUUCUAGGUUUUAUUUCUGUUUCUCUGUCUUUUUUCUCUGCUUUUGUUUGCUCUUUGUGCUGUUAUCAUUGUCUUAUAAUAAUUGUCUCCUUUUUCUUAUUUAUUUUUUUUUACCUUUCAUUUAAUUUAUUUUUAUGGGGGGGUUUGUUUUUUUUUUUUUUUUUUUUUUUUUUUUUUUUUGUUGUGUGUGCGUGGGUGAGUGUUAUUUACACCAAAUUAUCCGAUAAGAGCGAAUUAGAAUGGACCCAGAAACACAGCGCCGCCACUCGCACCCAGGUACCAUUAGACUUAAGCUAUUCGGAUGUCAUUUGUGGUAGUUUAUUUUAGUUAAACUGAAGAAGUAAGUUGACAAACAUAUAGUCCAUCCAAUUAUCUUUCAUUUGAUACCUCAUUUUGUCUUACAAACCCAAUAAUAAUAUUUUUAAUGGUUUUUUAAUCCCAACCACUCACUUCUGGUACCCGGGUGCGAAUAGUCGCAGCCUUUAUUUUUCUGCUGCAGGCAUAAUAACUUUUUGUUUAAUUUAAAAAAAGGGAAUAAGAAAAGUUCUAGUGCAACACUAUGAGACUAGAGAGUAAAAAUACAACUCAAUCAUUUUGCUUGGACCUCUUCAGGUACUGGACAAUGGACACAUAGUGGAGUUUGACCAGCCCUACACACUACUGAUGCAGGGUCAAGGCUUCUUCUAUGACAUGGUACAACAGACGGGUAAAGCUGAGUUUGACCACCUGAUGGAUGUGGCCAAGGAGGCAGCCAAGAGGAGGUAAGCUGCAGCACAAAGCAUUUCAGAGUUGUUGUACUUGGUAGCCCAGCACCUCAUGAUUUUAUUUUGCUUGUUAUUCUUUUGGGUAACUUUUGUCCUGAUGGCCGAGGCUGACCCCCCCCCCCUCACCCCCCAGCAGAGUCCCUGCUGCCAUCAGUUUGAUUAGAUUGUUACUAUUUUUUAUCUCUGGCAGUGCAGCAGAAAGAAAUUCCCAGACCACAGUAAUGUUUCCCCAGGUAUUAAACAUCAAGAACCUUGCCCCAGGUAUUUAAUCACAGGAACCUUGCCCCAGGUAUUUAAUCACAGGAACAUUGCCCCAGGUAUUUAAUCACAGGAACAUUGCCCCAGGGAUUUAAUCACAGGAACCUUGCCCCAGGUAUUUAAUCACAGGAACAUUGCCCCAGGUAUUUAAUCACAGGAACAUUGCCCCAGGUAUUUAUCAUAGAAUUUUGUCCCAGGUGUUCAACUUCAAGAGUCUUGUUCUAGGUAUUUAAUCACAGGAACCUUGUCCCAGGUAAUUAACCUCAAGAGCCUUGCCCUAAGUCUUUAACCUCAAGAGCCUUGCCCUAAGUCUUUAACCUCAAGAGCCUUGCCCUAAGUCUUUAACCUCAAGAGCCUUGCCCUAAGUCUUUAACCUCAAGAGCAUUGCCAUAAGUCUUUAACCUCAAGAGCCUUGCCCUAAGUCUUUAACCUCAAGAGCCUUGCCCUAAGUCUUUAACCUCAAGAGCCUUGCCCUAAGUCUUUAACAUCAAGAGCCUUGCCCUAAGUCUUUAACCUCAAGAGCCUUGCCCUAAGUCUUUAACCUCAAGAGCCUUGCCCUAAGUCUUUAACCUCAAGAGCCUUGCCCUAAGUCUUUAACCUCAAAAACAUUAAACAAAGUUUUUAAUAUAGUAGUAUUAAAAUGAAGACUAACUAUGUGACCAUUCCAACAUUGUGACUCACUAUGUGACCAUUCCAACAUUGUGACUCACUAUGUGACCAUUCCAACAUUGUGACUCACUAUGUGACCUUUCCAACAUUGUGAUCACUAUGUGACUAUUCCAACAUUGUGACUCACUAUGUGACCAUUCCAACAUUGUGACUCACCAUGUGACCAUUCCAACAUUGUGACUCGCUAUGUGACCAUUCCAACAUUGUGUGUGACUCACUAUGUGACCAUUCCAACAUUGUCUUCCCCAGUGUCCACCCACCCAAUGUGGCCAAUGGAAUACAAUUGAAACUCCCGGUAAAGGCUGAGCAUGCAUUGGACAGCACCCUGCAGGAUGUGUCAUCAAGUCUGAAUGGCAGUGAUGAGGCAGCUUUUGACGUGGCUGAGAUUCCAUACGACGUCACUGACAUUGAAGAAAGUUUAAGAAUGAUUGGCGAUGGUGUUAAUGAAGAAGAGAUGAAGGAGCCUGAAAAAGAGCCAUCUUCAGACGAGACCUUGAAAGGAGAUGAUAGCUCUACAGUUUUGCUACCUAAAACUACGGGCUCGUCCAACGACACUGAGAGAACGGCUCUCCUCCCAGAACCGGACAAUGGGUUAUCUAAUGAUGAUGAUGAUGCUGAUGAGAAUGAAUCUUUAAUUAAAGGUGAUGAGAGAUUGACGGAUGAGAAAUCUAUGGGAACGCUCAGGACGCACUCUGAUAACAGUAGCAGCGUAGAUGUGGACGAGGCUGAUGGUGGUGACGAAGACGAACAUGUUGUUUUAUUAAAAUCUACCAGUAGCAAGUCUCUCCCUGGUGACACUAACAGAGAAGAUGAAGACAGUAUACACGUAUGAUCUUGGGGAGCUCUUAGUUUUAAACAAAUGGCUUUCAGGGCUGAUUAUUUUUUUUGUAGCUGUCAAACUUAUAAAUCUUAAAACAUUGACAAGCAUAUGUUGUUGGCUGAUUGUUUUUACAGAACGGUUGACAGAUUGUUUUAAAAAGUUGUUCACAAAAUUGCAUUGUUUCAUGCAUUGAGUCUUGUGAUCCACCUUAACUCGGCCUAUGUAAAUAUAUGUUGGGUUUUUUGGGGGGUUGUUUCAAGUUGCAAUUGUCAUUUCUCAUGACAGGAAAUAUGAUAAAAUCGUUGAAGAAAUAAGUUUGUUCAGUUCAGUUGAGUUUUUUGGGAGCUGAUGUCUACCUGUUCCUGGAUUAUAUGUUUUAUAGCACAAAAUACUAUUUUGAUUUUUAAAGAAAUAAAUAUUAUUUAGUGUGUGUGUUAGUGUUAACCUUUUAAAAAAGAUUACAAAUCAAUAUUUGUUCCAGAAAUUCUAUUUACUACAAAGGUGUUAAUAUCCUUUUAAUCAUUGAUAAAGUCUAGUCCGGAGAGAUUAUUUAUUAUAUUGAAAAUAUAAAGAUUUCAGAUACUUGUUUUUAUGUUUAGAAGCCAUAUACCACUAAAAAGAAAUUCUGAAAGUUUUUGAGAGUGAAUACCUUUAUUUGUUUGUUCAACAGACUGACACAAGCAGUGUAUAUUUAAAAUUGUUCAUGAAAGUUGAUAGUGGCAUAGAAUUAUUUUUAGAUUGGUAACACAUAUUUGCCUAUGACUUUGCAGAUUAUUCAAUGAAUUUAAUAUUCUUGGCUUUAACUUUAACAGGGUAAACAGUGUCAUUGCUAACAUCUGUUGGCAGGAGUCUCAAAUAAGGGGAAUUGUCUCCCUUGCAGCAUCAAAAAUUGUCUUCAUGCACUGCAGGGAGAAGUCUCUUUGUAGUUCUGCCAUAAAGUGUUUGGCCAUGUCUCUCUCUAACAUUGACAUCACCGCCUCAAUGAGUGCUGACAAGUGUCAGAAGCAGAGUGUAUUUAGUGUCUUGUUUAUGGCAUGGAUAGAAAUUUAAAUUUUGUUCAUAUACUUAAAACUUCAUCUGGACUCGAUUUUUAUUUCAAAUAUUUCUUGAGGGUCACCAUUAUUUCAAAGGAGUACAUUGAGUUUCAAAAAGGAAAUUGUGAAUGUUUUCCAGUGUGACAUGCCAGGUUACAGAUUCAGUGACACAAAAUCUUAAGCCUUAUAUUAAGCCAAAGUAGUAAAACGUUCUCUCAACAUCAGUUUCAAUGUUGGGAGGGAAAAAAACUUAUUGUGUGACAUUCUUCAGUUUUAUUCAUCCACAUAAAAAAACAAAAACAAUCCUAGCUGAAUAUCACAUUGAAAGUAAGAGUCUGUUCAGGGGUCGAAGGUCAGUACUUAUAUAAAAUUCUAAACUCCCUGCUUCUUAAUUAUUAAAUUGAAACUGACCAACACAUGAAUCCACUGUUUGUUAAUCUGCUUACCAAUGACAAUCGGUGCGUUUGUGUGUAAUUUAUUUAAAUUUUGUUUGAUUUAACUCUCACCUUUAUCUUUAAUGACCUGUUGGCCAUGUGCUAUUUUAAGAGUUUAAUUUUCUUGAGUUCUAGUUGGCCCAAACAUGUGCUGACUAAAUGACAUUCCAUAGACAAAAUGUCUUGACUCUCGUGUUGUACCGGGUACUUGUUACUGGGAUUGUGCAUACAUUUUCUGUUCUUAACAGCCCCUUACUUUCACUAAUUUUUUGCAGGAUAUUUGUUCUAUGUUUUAUAAACCUUGCCUGAUGGUAGUGGUGGCACAUUUUUUAGGAAAAAAACAAAAAAAUAUUUGUAAGAAAACUUAACCAAAUUUCUAAUUUCUUAAUUCAAACAUUUUUCAGAAGAAACUUUGGGCCCACAUUGACACAUCAUUCCAUCUGUGACCCUAUGUCAUCAUAAGCAAAGUCAUUUCCUUCAGUUGGAGUCACAUGGAUGACAGUGUGGCCCAGGGUGUGAAAGGUCUCACCUGUACUUUGUACCAGUACCUUACUUAUUUAUCUGGUACACAGAUUAAGUUAAAAAUUUAAAUUUUUUUUUAGUCUGCUUACUUGUAGCUAAGAGGACAAAAAAACUUUUCAAUAGUUCCUACAUUGUCAUGUAAAAGAUGGGAAGGUCAACGUUCACAAUUUAAAAUUUUUAUUAAUAUUCAUUUUGUUGCCAUUGCCUUAGGUGGGGGUGUUAAGAGAUUGUUGGUGUUUACUGUUGAAAAGCUCUUAACAUACCUUUAAUUUGUAUAACUAAAAAAAAACUAUGUACCUUAUAAAUAUAAUUGUUUCAGGUGGAAUCUUCUGUCUAGAGUAAACUUUUGACUUAAAGGUUUUUCAUUCACCAAUUCAUUUUGUUUGUGUGGGUUGGAAUAUCCAUAAAUCACUUGUAAUAAUUCUCUUAGUUUGAGUUUAAAGUGCAAGUUCAGCACUGGUAUACCUGCUAGACAUUGAAAGGUUCUAGAAUAUGUAGGUGACCAAUGUGGAAAAUUAAAUCAUCAGAAUGACACCGGGGUUGGUGAAAGAAUUUGCAUACUUAACAAACAUCGUUGUUUAUACCGAGCAGUCCUACAGUUGGUUGUAGCCAGCAAUGUUUAAUAGUGCUGUUGUUUGAAAUGGACUUGGUUGGUUUUUUUUAAUGACUCUAGGUUUGAUGACCAAUUGACAUAUACCAAUGCUAGCUAGGUCUAGAGGAGUGGGCAGAAAAAAAUGUUUAAAAAACAAAAAUAUGAAAGCAUUAUUCUUGAAAUGUGUCCAGUUAUGUUCAAAUGUAAAGAUAAAAAUAUUUUUCUAUUACUUACAUUUACAUCAAAGCACUUGACUAUUGAUUAUAAACUAUAUACAUGUUUACAAUUGUAAGUGUCUUUGAAAAUUUUCCAGAGUUUGCUUAUCAAUAUCAAGAGUUGAUGUAGCUCUGAUAUAUACUGUUACCCUGUGAUAUCAAUCCACCCGGUACCAUGUACAUGUUAGUCUCUCAUACCAUUGUUUUCAUGAAGCAAUGGUAGUUUUCAGGGGUGGCAUCUCGCCACAGGUUUUAAAAAAUCAUUUUAUUUUAACUGGAUUUACCAUUGCUACAUGUCAUGUUUAUCUGUUCUCUUGUUACUCAUUAUACUAUACUAUGACAUGCUGUGUAUGAAUGGCCGGUGUAUUUUCUCUUACUACACUUACUUUAUACACUGAAAUUUUGAAUUUCACAUAGGUAAAAUGAAUACAGUCAGUAUGUAAGAUGUUACUUUUAAAGUAAUUCCAAGUGCUGAUCAGUGAAUGGUGUCUGUAAUUGAUACAUUAUCUGUGUGGAUCAGACACAAGAUUAAAGAAUAUUGAAAUUAUCAAAGGAGGUGUUUGAAAUAAACAAGAUUAUGUGAG